AUGCCAACUGAGCCGGUGACAACAUGUAAUACGAAUACUAAUUCAGUAGUUCGACGACUACCAAAUGGAUGUAAGUCUAUAUUAUUUAUUUUUUAAUAAAAUUAAUUGAAAGCAAGAUCAAUCUAAUCAUUGAUAUUUUCGUAAAUUUUACAAUAACUACAAUACUUUUAUUUUAUAUGUUAACGAAAAAUGAUCAUCUGAGAUAACAAAUACAGUUUUCACUUUGUCUAUAUAUUUUUAUCUAUCUGAACUAAUCUAUAAAAUAGAACUUACGUGUUUUUUUCUUCAUAUAAAAAACGGAACAUACAUAUUUUCGACCAUGUUAUUAAAAUGCUAAUUAUUAGGAUAAAUGUAAAGGGUUAAGAUUUUUUUCUUCAAUAAAUAAAAAAAAUAACGCAGAAUCAAAUGGAUUUAUAUACAUGCUU